ACGAGACACCUCCACCUGCCUGUACCCGAGCGUUAGCUGGCGAAUAACAAUGAGACCCCCUUAACUGCUCACGUCGCCUGUUGACAUUCCUGAGCCGCAGGUAGAGGAGCGCACCUGCUGCCUUUAACCAUGCCGACAAGUGUCUCAGCUCCCAGGUCCACCACGACCUCGCGACGGAAUGCUGCCAUGGCUUCGCCCUCGGAACACUCGAUCGUCGUGGAGGAGUGCAAACUCAAAACAUCCUGCACCCCGUCCAAGGGCGGAAUCUUUCUCCUGGCCAUGGGUGCCAAGGUGGAAAUGCCAGAAGGCGUGACGAGCAAGAAGGAGGUCGUAGAGUGCCUGGUGGUCCCCCCAAGCCAGCGAUGGCAGUACGAGCUCUCUUUUCCGGAGGAGUACGUGACGAGCGAGAUUUUCGUGCUGUCUGGCAACGUGCGCUGCAAGGACAAGAAGAUACUGUUCCAUCUGCCGUACUAUCCUCCCACAGACCGGAUGAGGGAGAUCAAUGUUAAAGUUCGUUGGAGCGGCGAGGCCAACUGGGUAGACAUCAACUUCCCCCGCAAGCAAAAGGACGAGGCGCCGGUGGUGGAGCUGGAGCUGGACAGGCUCGGCACCUUUGUGGUCACCCAGCGCCAUCGGCGGGAGGAGUUCAGCGUCACCCCCUACGGCUGCCUGUACAACCCCCGCAUCGCGCGCCACUUGUCCCUCCGCUUCCCCAAGAAAGCGCUGGACACCACCGUCAACUACGCCAUUAGGGUCUAUCCUAUUCCGGAAGAAAGAGUUCAAUUUGUUAAAGACAAGUUUCCACUAGAGUGUGCGGACAUCCAGAAGGUCACAGAAAUCAUUGACAUUACUCCUGAUAAAGAGUGUGAGUUCCGGCGACCGGCCACAAUCAAACUUCCGCUUCCGGAAGGAGUGGAAGUUGAGGAAGAAGAUUCCAAUGACGUCUUUGUUUUACGGAAAGUGAAGAACCUUUGGGAGAAUGUAGGGAAUAUCCAUAAGUUUACCCGCUACACGGUGGCCGUGGAGGUGAAGAACCCAUCAAGAUUUUGCGUGGUAAAAUCCAAGCCUGAGAGGGACAGGAAGAUGAAAGAGGCGCUGGCCGUGGUAGAGGAGCACCUGGAGCGAGAGAAAGGUGAGGUGUCCGUCUUUCUCUCCAUCAAGGAGAAGUCGUGGAUGGUGGUCGUGGGGGUCUUCCCUCUGGCUCAGGCCGCGGACAAAAUCACUGGCCCGUCAGCAGCAAGGAUGUCUGGUGAUCCCCCGGCAGGAGACGCCUGUCCUUGGGAACAACCGCCGCGCAGUCCGAUGGGGUGUUUGGAGAUUUGGGACGGCCUUCGAUGGGAGAUCGAGCUGAAUGGCGACCUGCAGUGUGACGUCACCAGCGACCUGCUGCAGAACAAGGAGUUGCAGUACUUCAAGUACUUGCCGGACUCCUACCGCUCCUUCCUCAUCCAGCCCGUCGGCGAGGAGCUGCGAUCCUUGUCAGGGGUUCUCACCUUGACCCCUAUCGGGGUCGACGAGGUCGGCAUGAAAGCAGCAUUAACUUUUACCAUUUACAUAAAUGAAGAGGCUGUGAGGGCAUACUUUUAUAAGGAACCGGAGCCGGUUCCAGCACCGGAACCUCAGUUGCGGAAAGCCAAAGUUUUGUUGAGCCAGAGCACGAGUCUGUCCAGCGAGCACCAGACGGCGCUUUUGCCGGGGCUGACCAAGUCCACUGAGUCCACGGUGGAGAGACUGUCGCGCUCUAGCCGCCAUCCUCGAGCUGAGGCUCACAGAAAGCACACUGCUGCCCCCAAGGAGAGUUCCAGAAGGCAUUCUGACCCGGACUCAGUCCGUUGUCGUUUGUAUCAAAAUCGUACGUCGGCAAGCAAGAUCAACCUGAUAGUUGACCGUGAGUCCAAGGUAUUAUCGGGUCGCAGCCUCAUGACCUUGUCACGGGUGGUACCUGAAGGCCUCACCUUGGCUGUCUACCUGGACGUGCCGGACACCGUGAUCACAGGGAUAGGUUUCGAUGCCCUGGCGCAGGGUAGCCGCAUGUGCGACAUCACCUACAAAAUUCUGGUGCGCUGGAAGCGUGAGUGCAAGGACAAGCGCGACGGUGCGGUGCAGACGCUGGUGGAGGCUCUGGAGAAGAUGGAGAAGUCGGGUGUGGCCAAAGUGGUGCUCGAGCAGCACAUGGAGAACAAAGAGCUGACCCCCGACUGCUUCCUGCAGGCCGCUGUGCACGGGGUCCACCUCAACUGACCCCAGCGCAUGACCCUGACCCUCCCCUUCUACCCCACCAGUGCCGGCCCCCUGGCGCCAUCUUGCGACCGUAAGGCAGGGCGCGAUGCUGGACACAAACUGGCCUCGUUAUGCCAUCUCCAUUAUGGUCUUGAUGAUGGGCGUUUGUGUUUGGUUGCCUUGUUGUUUGCUCGUAGUCUUGGAUUUGAAUUCUGCAACCAUGUGACCUAACCCGCUGGUUGCAUGACCUGUAUAAUUGUCUCCCUUUACGCAGCAUUGUCCAACAUUGUUACUUCCCCUGAUGUGUGUCGACCCAUAAACCCAAAUGUGGUAGUUGGAACUGCUGGGACGAAACCAUCAAAAAACACUGUUAUUUUACCUGAUGUAUAUCUACAUAUAAACUCUGAACUGCUGUGAUAAAACCACCCACCAGAGUGGAAAGCUCGUGUCACGUGUCACUGGUCUGAUUAUACACGUUGCAUGGUUUGUCCCCUCGAGUAUUUGAUUGCAAAGUGUGCGACCUGGCUUGUCUUUUGUUGGCUGCCUUGCUUUCUGUGACCGUAUUGUUGCCUGUAUUAUAUUUGUCCAUCUACUGGCCAGAUGUGUUGCAUCGAAUACCUUGGACAUCAUUAAUCUAUUCACCAACAAUAAUAAUGACACCUAGUUCUUGUUCGUGCGGAAGUGACGUCACUAGGAAGCACCGACUGCAGUUAUUAAGUGAGGAGACCUCAGUCCUGCAGUCAAAAGUACCAUUACUAAUAAAACACUGGAUUUACAUAUGGCAUCUGUGUGUCUACGACAUUUAGUUUUGAGCAAUCCACUUCCCAGUCGGACUAGAUGCCAGAUAUUUGAUAUGUAAUUUAUAUGUGACUUUCAUAAGUAACUCCAUCGUCGGCUUUUUCGACCGCAUGGCUUUAGGAAGGCUUUUGUUUUAUACUUCAGAAAUCUUUUCCCUGUUUUCCGGAGCUGUGUGUGUAAAACAUGCUCAGCCAGGGAAGACAAGCAUUUAUUUAAGACAUCAGAUCUUGGUAACAUGAAGAAAUGGUUGUUGAUCGUCCUGAGCCAUUUGAACUGUAAUAAAGUUGCCGCUUCAUUUUUACAUUUACUCCUGUGUCUGCAGUCUGUAAUCUGUCCUUUGCUUGUUUUGUCAUUUAUUUAUUUGGUGCAUUGUAACUCAGUUGUUCCGACUGUAAAAAUAGAUGACAACCGAUAAUGUCAGACAUUGUAAACAUACGUGUUUAUGUCGAGUGUGAAUCCAUUGUGUGUUUCCUGUUUGAAGCUAAACUGUGAUGUGAUUUCAAUGACCAGAAAUCUGAUUUUCUGUAGGCAUAAACAUGAAGGAACACGAAGACUGUAUAGAUGUGUGCGUGUGUGUUCGUGCUUGCACAUGUCUGUAUGAGUAAAAGACAGAACGAGUCUCGUAUGGACAAAUUUUUGAAUGAGUUUCUGUAAAAUGUUUUGCAAUAUGUGAUUUGCGAUGACCUUUGAGGAAAGAGUAAUAUACUAAUCUGUAAGAUUUGAGACUGACUAAGUUUCAAGAAGUAUAUAUGACAGUCGGCAUAGAUAUGUACCCACAUGAAGUCAAACAUUACCCACAAGCGCCUGCAAGGUACCAGUCAAUGGACGAUCCCCACAUCGUUAACAGCGUGUGAAGAACUGGUUCUUAUGAAAGAAACGUUAGCAGGAGGUUUUGAUAACAGAAAACUGUACAGGACAAAGCAUUAACAGGUCGAAAUGCUUGACAUGCAAUCGCGUGUUAACACUCAAUGUUCAUAAUGUUCUGUUCACACGCUCUGCAUUUUCAAGCGCCGUCACGCGAUUGUCGACCUGGAGAAUUCUGGGGAUGUACAUCUCUCUACAAAGUCAAGGUGCUCUCUACGACACCAUGAGAAAAUUGGAUAGCUAGAGAGGAACAACACUUUAUUUAAAUUGUCUAUUUUUAGGAACAGUUUAGCUAAUUAUUUUUGCAUUAGAACAUGACAGCAAUCACCUCGCGACUCGCUUUGCAUCUAGACUAAGGUGACAAGGAGAAAUAAUCAGAUCUUGAUCGAUUUUGAACAUCGCAUCAUAUACUAAAGGGGGUGAAUACACCGCAACGGUCGUCAUUUUGUGGAAAAUGGCAGAACACAGGAAUGACAGGUAUUUAGUAAAACACUGCUGCUCUCUGCGCAGGACGAAGUCGUUACUAUUUUCAAAAUGCAUGCAAUGUACGUGUCGUUCGUUCCGGAGGUUGGUAGGACAAAAUAUUUUAUUAUCAACUGCAAUAAUUGCUGUAAUUAGCUACAAAGUAUUGGCGUAAAUGGAAUUCUGCAGUACAUGAUUGAAUACAUAUUUUGAUGAAGAAAUUAAAGUUGCUAACUUGUAUUUUUAUUGAUUUAUGACUUGCAAAGAAAGGAAUAAAGUUUUCUCCGCCAUUUGA